CGACGAUACACACACAUGCUGACCCCUAUCUUGGCAGUUGGAGAUCAAGUCACAUUCUGGCUCUACUUUAUUGCUCGCGUUACGGCAACACUUCAAGCUCAAGAGUACCGUCAAAAAGCCUACCCCUUGUCCUGGGUCUUUCUCGCUGUUGAAUGCUUGAUUGCCUUCCCCAAUAUCCUCUGGGAGACGUGGCAGCUGACUGGAUUCAAGCACAGGAAGCGUCCCAUGCUGCGACUCGUGGGAGACGUGGUGCCGACGUGCGACUUGUUUGUCACCACGUGCGGUGAAGAGGUGGAUCAAGUCAUGGAUACCGUUCGCGCUGCUUGUUUCAACGAAUACCCUAUGGAUCGCUUUCGAGUGGUCGUGCUGGACGAUGGAAAGAAUGACGAGCUUCGCGAAGCAGUUGAGAAGCUUGCUAUUCUAGAGUUCCCAAAUCUCUUCUACUACGCUCGCACCAAGAUCCCUGGCCAGCCACACCACUUCAAGGCCGGCAAUCUCAACGGUGGCAUUGCAUUUGUUGAUUCGCUCGCAGAACCUUAUGCAGGCGGUGGCGAGUUUCUUGCUGCUCUCGAUGCUGAUAUGCUGUGUACGAGUGACAUGUUGCGUGCAUUGUUGCCACAUCUACUGCUCAAUCCAAAACUCGCCAUGUCUUGUCCUCCCCAGCUCUUUUACAAUACGCCAACAGACGACCCACUGUAUGAGUCGCUCGACUACUUUGCUCAUGUCGCAGAAGUUCUCAAAGAUGCACUCGGUGUUGCUUGGUGUACUGGUUCGGGCUACUGUGUGCGACGUUCAGCAGUGGAUGACAUUGGUGGCUUCCCGUAUGGUUCCCUCGCCGAAGAUGUCUGCUUCUCUAGCAUGCUGCUUGGGAAAGGCUGGCAAUGUGCAUACGUACACGAGCCCUUGCAAUGGGGCACCGUACCAGACUCCUUCGAAGGACACAUCAAGCAGCGUACCCGUUGGAUCAUUGGCACCAUUCAAACCACCAUCAAGCUCAAUUUCUGUCUCUUUGGCCAAGCUUGCAACAAGAUGACCAUCUUCCAGCGUCUUUGUGGAUGCAUGUAUGGUAUCUCAUCCAUCUUUAGCGUCUUCUUGACACUUGCCUGUCUCACAGUUCCAAUCGUCUUGUUCUCCAGUGGAAGUAUGGUGGCUUUUGUCAGCGUCUCUCAGCUCAAGCUCCUGAUCCGUCUCUGUUUCAUCAACUUUGCUUGGCGUAAAGUGGCCGAGUUCUUUUACUACUCGCCCUCUGGCUACUGGUUCGGACGACGCGAGUCGCCUGCAGCGAUUUGGAUGGCACCGUACUACUCCUACUGCAUCAUUCGAUCGUUCGUGCUGCCAAAAUGGCUCGGUGGCAAAGUCAUGGCCUUCAGUGCAACUGGUGCUGCCAGAGGUGGCCUCAAGGAAUGGUACAAGGACGAACGUGCCAAUAUCUUUAAGCGCAUCUUUGUCAUGGUUUGGCAUCACAAUCUUUGGUACCACGUCACCAUCAUCACUUUUACGCUUGGCUCCAUCGGCUACUCGAGUUGGCGAUGUACCAUGCAGCCAACCUGGGAAGCGACUGUCGGUUGUCUCAUCUUGCGUCCGCUUUGGCCACCUCCAGCAUGGUUCAUCCUCACGGCUGCAUUCUUUGUGCCUAUCGGAUACAUGCUCUUCCCUCCCGACUGCCCUCAGCGACACGAACUCAUCACCUAUGACGAAAAGGGCGUUGCCAGCCCCAAAGAAUCAGCGAGGAAGACUGUUCACACCUGGCGCACCGUUCUCGGUGAUCUUCCCGUCUGGUUCUGCUUAAUUUGGUCAGCUGCAUUGUUUGCAGGCACAUGGUUC